GUCCUGCGGAGUUGGCCGAGGCUCCCGCAGGGACUAGGGGACCAAUCUGCGUAGGAGCGGGUGGCGGGGACGAGAGGGGAGGCGAACUCUAAGUGGAAAGCGGACCCGGGGGCCUGGGACCCGUCGCGUCAGAGCCAGGCAAGUGAACCGGAGCAAACGACUUCCGAUCCAGUCCGUGCUGCUGCGGCUCCCGUUUGGGAUUUGAUUUGCGGCAUCUUCGAGCCUGUGCAACAAAAACCGCGAAGCACGCCCAUCCCUCCCCCGGCACCCAGAUAGGCACCCACUCCCUCCCGAGGACACAGCUGGGCGCGUCCACACCCCCGCACCCUCCACACCAUGUUGUGCGGAAGGACUUGCACUCCCAGCCUGUGUCGUUGAUGUCAGACCCCAGGCCAGCCUCCGGGCCCUGCAGUUCUCCCGGCUAAUGCUGAGCCUGCUGCUUGGGCUCUAGCACAGGAACCAGCUGCCGCGCCCGGCCCCAGCGCCCACCGUCUGCAUGUGCCCGCCGUAGCCGCCUGCCCAGCCCGCAGCCCCGCGCUCCCCGGAGCGCUGGAGACCACCGCGGGGGGCCCCUUCUGCCCUGGGGAGAAGCGGUCUUGGAGGUAUUGAUUUCGGUGGUUGGAUUUUUCCCGUGGAUCUAUCAAUUCACAAUUCGAAUUUGGAAGAAAGAAGGAAAACAUGACGUCUCCAGCCAAAUUCAAAAAGGAUAAGGAGAUCAUAGCAGAGUACGAUACUCAGGUCAAAGAGAUCCGCGCUCAGCUCACAGAGCAGAUGAAAUGCCUGGACCAGCAGUGUGAGCUCCGGGUGCAGCUGUUGCAGGACCUCCAGGACUUCUUCCGAAAGAAGGCUGAGAUUGAGAUGGACUACUCCCGCAACUUGGAAAAGCUGGCAGAGCGCUUCCUGGCCAAGACGCGCAGCACCAAGGACCAGCAAUUCAAGAAGGAUCAGAAUGUUCUCUCUCCAGUCAACUGCUGGAAUCUCCUCUUAAACCAGGUGAAGCGGGAGAGCAGGGACCACACCACACUGAGCGACAUCUACCUGAAUAAUAUCAUUCCUCGAUUUGUUCAAGUCAGCGAGGACUCAGGAAGACUCUUUAAAAAGAGUAAAGAAGUCGGCCAGCAGCUCCAAGAUGAUUUGAUGAAGGUCCUGAAUGAGCUCUACUCGGUCAUGAAGACAUAUCACAUGUACAAUGCCGACAGCAUCAGUGCUCAGAGCAAGCUGAAGGAGGCAGAGAAGCAGGAGGAAAAGCAAAUUGGCAAAUCGGUAAAGCAGGAGGACCGGCAGACCCCACGCUCCCCUGACUCCUCGUCCAACAUUCGCAUUGAGGAGAAGCAUGUCCGGAGGAGCUCAGUGAAGAAGAUUGAGAAGAUGAAAGAAAAGCGCCAAGCCAAGUACACAGAGAAUAAGCUGAAGGCCAUUAAAGCCCGGAAUGAGUAUUUACUGGCUUUGGAGGCAACCAAUGCGUCUGUCUUCAAGUACUACAUCCAUGACCUGUCUGACCUUAUUGAUCAGUGUUGUGACUUGGGCUACCAUGCUAGCCUGAACCGAGCGCUACGCACCUUCCUCUCUGCCGAGUUGAAUCUGGAGCAGUCGAAGCACGAGGGUCUGGAUGCCAUCGAGAAUGCUGUAGAAAACCUGGAUGCCACCAGUGACAAGCAGCGCCUCAUGGAGAUGUACAACAAUGUCUUCUGCCCACCUAUGAAGUUUGAGUUCCAGCCCCACAUGGGGGACAUGGCUUCCCAGCUCUGUGCUCAGCAGCCUGUCCAGAGUGAGCUGGUACAGAGAUGCCAACAACUGCAGUCUCGCUUAUCCACCCUGAAGAUUGAGAAUGAAGAGGUAAAGAAGACAAUGGAGGCCACUCUACAGACCAUCCAGGACAUUGUGACUGUCGAGGAUUUUGACGUGUCGGACUGCUUCCAGUACAGCAACUCAAUGGAGUCCGUCAAGUCCACAGUCUCAGAAACCUUCAUGAGCAAGCCCAGCAUUGCCAAGAGAAGAGCCAACCAGCAAGAGACAGAGCAGUUCUAUUUCACGAAAAUGAAGGAGUACCUAGAGGGCAGGAACCUCAUCACCAAGCUACAAGCCAAGCAUGACCUUCUCCAGAAAACCCUGGGAGAAAGUCAGCGGACAGAUUGCAGUCUGGCCAGACGUAGCUCAACCGUGAGGAAGCAGGAUUCCAGCCAGGCAAUUCCUCUGGUGGUGGAAAGCUGUAUCCGGUUUAUCAGCAGACAUGGACUGCAGCAUGAAGGGAUUUUCCGGGUGUCAGGAUCCCAGGUGGAAGUGAAUGACAUCAAAAAUGCCUUUGAGAGAGGAGAAGACCCCCUGGCUGGGGACCAGAAUGACCAUGACAUGGACUCCAUAGCUGGCGUCCUGAAGCUUUACUUCCGGGGGCUGGAGCACCCUCUCUUCCCGAAGGACAUCUUCCGUGACCUGAUGACCUGCGUCACAAUGGACAACCUGCAGGAGAGAGCUCUGCACAUCCGGAAAGUCCUCCUGGUCCUGCCUAAAACCACUCUGAUUAUCAUGAGAUACCUCUUUGCCUUCCUCAAUCAUUUGUCACAGUUCAGUGAAGAGAACAUGAUGGACCCCUACAACCUCGCCAUCUGCUUCGGGCCCUCGCUGAUGUCAGUGCCUGAGGGCCACGACCAGGUGUCCUGCCAAGCCCACGUGAAUGAGCUGAUCAAAACCAUCAUCAUCCAGCAUGAGAACAUCUUCCCAAACCCCAGGGAGCUGGAGGGCCCUGUCUACAGCAGAGGAGGAAGCACAGAGGAUUACUGUGACAGCCCUCACGGAGAGACUACCUCGGUUGAAGACUCCACCCAGGAUGUGACCGCAGAGCACCACACAAGCGAUGACGAGUGCGAGCCCAUCGAGGCCAUUGCCAAAUUUGACUACGUGGGCCGGACAGCCCGAGAGCUGUCCUUCAAGAAGGGGGCAUCCCUGCUGCUUUACCAACGGGCCUCUGACGACUGGUGGGAAGGCCGGCACAACGGCAUCGACGGACUCAUCCCCCAUCAGUACAUCGUGGUUCAAGACACCGAGGACGGUGUCGUGGAGAGGUCCAGCCCCAAGUCUGAGAUUGAGGUCAUUUCUGAGCCACCUGAAGAAAAGGUGACAGCCAGAGCGGGGGCCAGCUGUCCCAGUGGGGGUCAUGUAGCCGAUAUUUAUCUUGCAAACAUCAACAAGCAAAGGAAACGGCCAGAGUCUGGGAGCAUCCGGAAAACAUUUCGGAGUGACAGCCAUGGGCUGAGUGGUUCCCUCACUGACUCCACCUCCCCAGGGGUGGGGGCUAGCUGCCGACCAUCUUCCCAGCCCAUCAUGAGCCAGAGUCUCCCCAAGGAAGGGCCGGAUAAGUGUUCCGUCAGCGGGCACGGGAGCCUCAACUCCAUCAGCCGCCACUCAUCCCUGAAGAACCGGCUGGACAGCCCACAGAUCCGGAAAACGGUGACAGCCGGAAGGUCAAAAAGCUUCAAUAACCAUCGGCCCAUGGAUCCUGAGGUCAUUGCACAGGAUAUUGAGGCAACUAUGAACUCUGCCCUGAACGAGCUGCGGGAACUGGAGCGGCAGAGCAGCGUCAAGCACACGCCUGACGUGGUUCUGGACACCUUGGAGCCCCUCAAAACCUCCCCGGUGGUGGCCCCCACAUCAGAGCCCUCCAGCCCCCUGCACACCCAGCUCCUCAAGGACCCUGAGCCCGCCUUCCAGCGCAGUGCCAGUACAGCUGGGGACAUCGCCUGCGCCUUCCGGCCUGUCAAGUCUGUCAAGAUGGCUGCCCCGGUCAAGCCACCAGCCACACGACCCAAGCCCACCGUCUUUCCCAAAACAAAUGCCACUAGCCCUGGUGUCAACUCAUCAGCUUCCCCACAGUCCACUGACAAGUCUUGUACUGUCUGAGGGAUAUAAUUUAAUUGUUCUAGACAAGGGGACUGGAGGGACUGACUGUUAUUAAAAUCUUCCUAUUUAACUAGCUUGGGGACUUCAGUUGAAAAUUAGAUUUAAGUUGUUCUUGCAGGAAUUAGCCUUUCCAUCACCCAAAACCUUGAGAAUGAAGCCCUCUUUAUCCCCCUGCCCAGCCCCUCCCACCGCCCUCUGCUUCCCCCAGUCGUCGUAACUCAGCCAGCUGCAGUACAUGCUGUUCUUAGGUUCGCCAGAGAUAGAUUCUUCCAUUAGGUCACUGUGAAACCUGGCCAGGCACGUCCUGAGGACAUGGGCUCAAGUCUCAGUGCCCCGCAGUGCAGGGGAUGCCUAACCAGAUGCUUGGCUACGGACAUCCAGCUCUCAGUGGCACCUUGGUUUGGGUACUGAUUAUACAGAACCAAAUAAAGUCCAUUCAGUCCAUUCUUCGUUUUACACACGCACGGGCUUUUCUAAUCUCUGGCAUGUGUAGCCUCCUGGUUCUAGACCAGUCUCUUUGUAAGUUAUUGUGGCAGUUCACACAGGAGCCACCAGGGGUCUCUGUUUCUGUUACAAAUCUUGUUCUCUCUGGGCCAGAGAACCUAGCCUUUGAUAUCUCUCCAUCGUAUGAAAUUUAGCAGGAUGGGACUCAAUCCUGUAAUCUGUUCAGGGGUUGGGGGCUUUCUCUCUGUCUUCUUUCUGUUGGUGUGAAUUGGUCCUUGGUGUUUGCUUUUACUCCCCUCCAUCCUCUAGAACCACAACUCAAUCUUCUUAUGGAACUUCUCGAGUUUUUCUGAAUGUAUGGACAUUUUUUGGUUUUCUAUCUUUGUCUCUGAUGGACCAUUUUCCAUUCAAGACAUUCUCCUGUAUAAGACAGUUUUAUAGCUGGUUCCUUUUGGGGUAAAGACUCCUAGGAGAGUUUCCUUGAGUUCACGGCAGGUUUGGAAAAGGUAAGAAAUGGAUCCUUCCUCCUCCCGCUCAUUUGGGCAGUUAAGACAUAAAAUUCAUUACUCUAUUAAAAAAUUAAAUUCAGCUUUGCUCACCCUAAAAUUGUUCCCAAAUGAAAACUUAUCCUAAGUUCACCCCCUAGUUUGGUUAUUCUAUAAGGUCUCUCUCUUCAGGGACCAACAGGGGCUUGGGAGAGCCCUAGUUAGAUUAAAGAGAGACAUUUCUCCUUAAAACAUAUUUUCUUUUAUUUACACAAGGACAACUGAGAGAACCCAGGCCCCACAGGCUUUAACAUCUCCCCAGGGCCAAAAUCUAAGAAAAUUAAAACCUGGAUGCUGGAUAUUUUGGCCUUUUUUUCUUAUUCUCCUCCAAAAAGCAAAAAUGAUGCCCAUGUCCGCUUUGAUCCAGUCUCCAAACCUGGUGCCCGUGGGCCUCGCUUCCCUAGCAUCAUGCUGUCCCAGGAGGACCGCAGCUGGGGACAGUCACGCUCCAGGCUCAUGAGUCUCAGAUACCUACUUGAGUUAAAGCUGAAACUCAUUCCUCUUGUCUGUUUUCUCUUUUUAAAGCUGCAACUUUUAGCCUUUUCUAUAGUUCAGGAGAAACGGUGGGUUGCCAUUCGGAUAGGAAAAAUCUGAAUUUUAUCUGUAGCCUAGAAGGUCCUUUGUGGACCAGCGUUUUGAGGUCGGCAGUUUGCUCCUUGGAUGUGGUAGGAUUUUCCUUAUUGUGUGAAGGAAAAGAGGAGCUUUGUGGGAAGUGCUGACCUAGGAUAACCUGCAGCACUAGGAAAACCAUCAUGAAAGAUGGAGGGGUGAGGGGCUCUUUUGGUGAAGUGAUUCAGCCUGUGAGAAGCAACCCCCCAGUCCACUGGAUUCUUGGCUUUAGUUGUUCGUAUGGUGGUCUGUCCUUGUCUAUUACCUGUACUUACACAGGUCUUGAGCCAAUAGGGUCUUUCAUACCCUAGGAUCUAUUUCCUUGCUGACAAUGGAACCCCACCCUUCACUUUACAUUCCUUUUGAUCCAACCGAUCCAAAUUGGUACCCACCCCUGCCCUUUUCCCCUCCCUCCAGCACACUCCUCUCGAAGAAAGUAAAAGCCAAGCUUUCUUAAUGACAGUGCUUUGGGCCUAUUCUGUUGCUCCUGCCUUACUUCCCUUUUCGCCCUGUCCAUGACUGUUCGCCACCCCCGGCCAGUGUCCAUCUGCUGAUUUGCAUCAUGAAUUGGACAGUGUGUGAGUGGUCACCGGCUCCCCCAGCUCCGGGAGCCGAGUUGUCUUCCCCUCUCUGGUGCUCCUGACACCUGUGAGACGUCCUGUCGAGAGGACUAGGAACCUGCAGAAGGAGAGUCCUCGGCAGAGCUCAUUGCAGUCAACUGGAAUCGAGGUUGCACACUGUGAUUUUUAACACCGCAAAGCCAAAAGGAGCUGGCUACCCCAGGGCCUAGGGAGACCAGCCUUCCUCAGAUAGGCUUGCCUAAACCAGCACGAAGUUUCCAAGAGCCCCACUCUGGCCCUUGAGGCAUGGACCCUGUUCCUGGUGUAGACUCGGAUGGGUCAGUCUUUGGGGAACAGAGGUGGGGUGGGGCUACCAGCAUCCAAGUGGGAAAAAGAGGAGUUUGCAGCCAGCCGCCUGUGAACUGGAAACACUGGUCUCAGCCAACCUCCUCAGGGCACCCUGGUUCCUCCCCAAGGAGAAGAGGAGAGAUGACACCAGCAACAGGAGGAACAGACCACUGGAAGGGCUGGUGUGGAUGCACUUCACGUUCAGAAGAGAAGUUAGAGCUUCCAGGGAAUUGCAGUGUUGUGGCGUCUGACUUGUAUGUCACGUUUGUGUACAAUGGUAUAUUCUUUAAAUAGUGUUGAUAACUGGAAUAUUGUAUGUAUGCUUGGAGAUGCUUUGUGUGAACCUAAGACUGUCACUCAACAGAUGUUGGAUUGGGGAAAAUCCAAAGCACAACUUCGAAAUAAAAUACAU